GAACCCGGAAGCAGUAGCGUACGGUCGGAAGCGGCGGGAACGCUGGCCUAGGCGCGCUGCGGCUGCGGGAUGGUCGGAGGUGGCGGGAAGCGCCGGCCGGCCGGGGCGGGGCCGCAGUGUGAAAAGACCGUUGAGGCGAAGAAGAGUAAGUUUUCUGAAGCUGAUGUCUCCAGUGAACUUCGCAAAGAAGUUGAAAAUCUUUAUAAGCUUUCCCUGCCUGAAGAUUUCUAUCAUUUCUGGAAGUUCUGUGAAGAACUUGAUCCUGAAAAACCAGCUGAUGCACUUGCUACAAGCCUGGGUCUUCGGUUAGUGGGUCCUUAUGAUAUCCUUGCUGGGAAACAUAAAAUGAAGAAAAAACCCACAGGCUUGAACUGUAAUCUUCACUGGAGGUUUUACUAUGAUCCUCCUGAGUUCCAGACCAUUAUUAUUGGAGAUAAUAAAACUCAGUACCACAUGGGGUAUUUCAGGGAUUCUCCCGAUGAACUUCCUGUAUGUGUGGGUACAAAUGAAGCAAAGAAAAAUUGUGUAAUUAUUCAAAAUGGAGAUAACGUGUUUGCUGCCAUCAAAUUAUUUUUGAUGAAAAAACUCAAAGAAGUAACAGAUAGAAAGAAAACUAGCAUUUUGAAAAACAUAGAUGAAAAACUCACAGAAGCAGCCAGAAAACUAGGAUACUCACUGGAACAGAGAACCAUGAAGAUGAGACAGAGAGAAAAGAAGGUUGUGACAAAGACUUUUCAUGGUGCAGGCUUGGUUGUUCCGGUAGAUAAAAACGAUGUCGGUUACCGAGAGCUCCCUGAAACGGAUGCUGACCUUAAGAGAAUCUGCAAGGCAAUUGUUGAGGCUGCAAGUGAUGAGGAGAGACUGAAAGCCUUUGCUCCCAUUCAGGAGAUGAUGACUUUCGUGCAGUUUGCUAACGAUGAGUGUGAUUAUGGCAUGGGGCUGGAAUUAGGAAUGGACCUCUUUUGCUAUGGCUCUCAUUAUUUUCACAAAGUUGCUGGCCAGCUUUUACCUCUUGCGUAUAAUCUAUUGAAGAGGGAUCUGUUUGCAAAAAUCAUUGAGGAUCACCUGGCAAGCCGAAGUGAAGAGCACAUAGACCAGCUGGCAGGGUGAGCGGGCUGCCGGCACCGCAGUGCUUUGAGGGGACCGGCGGCCGGGCCUUUGUGUUUAAGGAAUGGAGAAAUAAAUAAUGGAAACUUUAUUAAAAACUUUAUAAUACGG